CAUCGUGUGUUGCUCCUUCUCUUCAUCUUUGUCCUGUGGUUGAUUUACUCCUGCGAACUUUUGUUUAUUCUUCCAAAAAUUUUGAUUUUUGAAGAACACCUCUAUUCACCCCCCCUCUAGAGGUGCAUAACUUGUUCAACAAUUGGUAUUAGAGCGUGGCUGAAUUUCCAAAGCUUUACUGCCGGAAAUCUAGAUCAUGGCCGGAAGAACAUUCCAAGCCGGUGUAUCCGAAGGACAAUCUACUACACGUCCUCCAUUCUUUGAUGGUACAAAUUAUGCAUAUUGGAAGGAAAGAAUGAGGAUAUUCAUACAAUCAAAUGACUUCGACUCAUGGAUGGUAAUCAAGCAUGGAAACACUACCCCUGCAAAUAUUGUUGAUGGAAUUCGUGUUCCCAAGUUGGAAUCCGAAUAUGAUGAUCAAGACAAGAAGAACGUCAUGCAAAAUGCCAAAGCCAUUAACUAUCUUCAUUGUGCAGUCAACCCUGAUGAUUAUAGAAAGAUAUCAAGAUACAAAUCUGCCAAUGAGAUGUGGACUAAGCUCGAAGUCACUUAUGAAGGUACAUCUCAAGUUAAAGAUGCUAAAGUUGAUAUCUUAUUGCAUGAAUACGAAUUAUUCUCAAUGAAGGAGAAUGAAAGCAUUGAUAGUUAUUUUCAGAGAUUCUCUACAAUCAUCAACAAUCUUGACACGCUCGGAAAGUAUUACACCGAUCAUGAGCUUGUCCGGAAAAUUCUGCGUUGUAUGACUCCUGAGUGGAAAUCCGAGGUGAACGCCAUAACUGAAGUAAGUGACUACAAUGUCUUAACUUAUGAUACUCUUCAUGGGAAACUACUCACAUAUGAAACUACUACUCCUCAUCUACGUGGUGAAGACCAAAGGAGGAAAUCUAUAGCAUUGAAAGCCACCAAGGAAGUUGUAGAGGAAAAUGAAGAAGAAGAUGAUGAAUCACUUAAUUUAGAAGAUAAUCCCGAACUUGCUCUUGUCAUCAAAUGCUUCAACAAAUUUAUCAAGAAAAGCUUCAAGCCAAGGAGAGACAAUGGCAAGAAAGCUAUAUAGAAGGCAAA